AUCAUGAAGUGGAGCGGCAGUGCCCUCCGUCUACAAGGCCCACUUGUUUGCGAAAGACAACGGUUAACAAAGUUUGCUCUAGCUUAUUGGCUUAUUGAGAAAGAUAGCGGGUAGCUCCUAUAGCUCCUUACAGACGGGGCCCCAGCGAAUGAUAUGCGACUGGGCAUGAAGCCGCAGUACGUUUUGAUAUCCGGCUCAGACGUGAGGACGGUAAUUUCCCUCUCGCUCGGAACCCUUCGUGAAGGGAAGUGUGGAUGACUUCCGUGCUUGUGAAUUCGAUAGCUUCAUAUGCCCACGAGUAUGAACUAUAAAAGCCGCAUUCUUCUUUGUAUCCUCCGUUUGCUUUUCUUUUCUAGUUCAGCCUUCCACCUUGUUCCACACUCCCACCCACUAUCAUGCUACGGCAUUCAAAACCAAACCUACAAACGUCGUCAUAAAGGCUCCAAGAGAAACUCAAAGCUAACCUCAAUCCACAUCAACCUCUCUAUACGGAUCUACCACUACUUGCUAUCUAGAUAUACCUCCCACUCCUCCGUUGGAAUUUACACCUACAUGCAUACACCGAACUAUAAAAAGCGCAUUUAGUUCGAUAGCUCAAACCAUCUUACAUCAACCCAAACGCUAUCCACAAAACCCUCCUCGAUUUACCUAGCCUUAUUCCCAUACCUACCUUCGACCCUACGGACCACCAUGUGCCUCGUAUAUGCCGUCUACGCCGGCUGCGGCCAUAAAAUAGGCGGAGAGAUUGAGCCCUGUCCCUACGCGCGAUACCCCGACGCAUGCGCAGAAGCUAAAACAGAAGACCGGAAAGUUGAAAUUAUGUGCACGCGAUGUCGCAAGUAUUAUGGCUGUGACUAUACAGAGCGACUGAAAGACCGGACACCGCCACCGAAGGCUGCGGAGUAUAAGGAGAUCGAACCCAAGGAAGCGGCGCCUAAGAAAGCUGAAUCUAAGGAAGCUAAGAACAAGGAAGGCGAGGGCAAGGAGGCCAAGAGCAAGUGAGAACAGCUAGCCAUGUGCAGGGCGCUCUGAGGGCCAUCUACGGCGUUUAUGAGAAGGGGAUCCCUGCAGUAUAAAUUUGUGUCUAUAUGCGCGAAGGUUAGGAAGAGAAUGUCUGGUAUAUGCUAGGGUAAAGUGAUGAAACAGCCGAUUUGGGAUAUGAUGUGCUUUUAUUUGCUUCGAUUUCCUGCAACAUCUUAUUUAGUGUAUGUAGUCCUAGUAUACCAGUCUAUCCUUGAAGUAAUACUUUGCUUUGAAGAACGGAACUGAGAAGAACUAAACUGGGAAGUUCCGACAAAGCCCUCCCUACCUACUAACUGUUCAAAAUUUGACUUUCGCAUUUGUUGC